CCCACCGUCCAACUCUCCAAUGUCACCGGACAGGAUGCUGAUCAUUGGACUUCUGCUCCACGUCUUCUCUCAUGGUAGCGUUCCAGUAUCUGCAUCCUUUGAUUGUCUGGUGGCGGAGCAGGGCUGCAUUCAAGAGCACUCCUGCAUGGUUCUGUACCGGCUGUUGGAGUACUGUGCGGCCGAGGAGGCUGUGUCGCCGCUCGGACCGAACGCCCGCCUGGAGUGCCUGGAGGCCCAGAACUCUGUGCAGCGGUACCGCCCCCUUCAAGUCUGCAAGUGUCAGCGCGGCUCUCGCAGGGAGGAGCACUGCCUCAAGGUCUACUGGACCGUGAGGUUUGCAGCAUACGAUGAGUAUGAGGUGUCUCCAUAUGAAGAACUGGAGUUGAAUCUGGUGAGAAACAUUGAGAUGUCGCGCAUGGCCUCAAUCAUGGCAGCUUCCACCCUUUCUGUGGACGGCCAGAACCAGUGUCUGAAGGCAGCUCAGGACUGUGGCCUGUAUGAAAAGUGUGGCUCCCUGCGGUCCGAAUAUGUCGUGGCCUGCACCAAGCGAGCUGUGGCCUCUGAGAACAACUGCAACCGCCAGAAAUGCCACAAAGCCCUGCGGCGCUUCCUGGAGCGCGUACCGGAGGAGUACAGCCUGGCUCUGCUCUUCUGUCCCUGCUCCGACACUCUGUGUGGGGAGCGCCGGAGGAAAACCAUCGUCCCGUCGUGUUCCUAUGAGGAGAAUGUGAAAGGGGAGGAAAGGGCGGGCAAGCCGAACUGCCUCAGCCUGCAGAACUAUUGCUCCAGAGACGAGCUGUGUAGAUCACGGUUUGCUGAUUUCCAACACAACUGCCAGCCCUCCACUCAGUCUGCCUCUGGCUGUAUGCGAGAGAGCAGAGCCAUGUGCUUGAAGGCCUACGCUGGACUCAUAGGAACCAUCAUGACUCCCAACUACGUGAGCAACAGCAGCACGGAAGUGUCCCAGUGGUGCACGUGUGACGGCAGUGGGAACGAAUGGCAGGGCUGUCAGCGCAUCCUGCACAUGUUCAGUAACAACCUAUGUCUGCGCAACGCCAUCAGCUCGAUGGGAAUCUCGGCGCCUCCCGCUGUGCAGAACACUCCUGUGCCAGCUUCUCAGCCCCCCCCACGUGUCUACCAGGAGAGGGUCCAUGUCAGCGUUAACACUCUCCCAGGAUUCACCAGCAUGGAGGAGAGCGAGGGAGAGGAGCAGGUUGAGGAAGAGAGCGAGGAGUUCAAUGUCAUCCCGCCUUAUUCUGAGAAGGACUCUAACACUGAAUCGAGGGCCAGAGGGAGCCAGCGAGGGGAAUCCAGUCGAGCAGCACCUGUCCUGCCCUUACUGAUCCUGACCACACUCAUCCUGGACUGGAAUAGUUGGGGCUACUGAAGCCUCCAUCUCAUCCUCCGCUCAUAUUUUACACUCGCUACCGCUUUCAAAUCCAUCACAGCACUCAGAA